AUGCGGGGCGAUGGACAUGCAAUGUAUGAGCAGAGUAGUCCUGGACAAUGCUGCAGAGAAGGACGUUGCUUUCCUUGUGUGUCGGGGUCAGUGACACGCUGGGAGGAUUUCCUGGAGGUCGUCAGCGGGAGUUGGAUGUCUCCCAUGCAGGCGCCGUCCCCCCCGCCGCCGGGUCCGGUCGGAGCAUCGAGUGGAGGCCGCAGGAGAAGAGGAAGGGGAGGAGGAGGCCGCGGCCGGGCAAACGCCAUCACAAAGAUCGUAUACGAUGACAGCAGCGACGAGGAGGAGCGAGUCCGGGAGACCGAGGACGAGGAUGACGAGGAGGAGCCUCCGCCGGAGGAGGACCCGCUGCUGAUGCUGGACGACGACCUGAACGAUGAGGAUUACCAUGAGGACGAGGAUGACUAUUGCACCGACUCCAGUGGGUACAGCGGCACCCCGGGAAAGCGAAGACCCAGAGUCCACAGGCCGCGCUCCCCGAUAUUUGAGGAGAAGGACGUGCCGCCUCUGGAGUUCCCCAAGUCUUCGGAAGAUUUGCUGCUGCCCUCGGAGCACCUGAUGAACGUGAUAGCCAUCUACGAGGUGCUGAGGAACUUUGGCACGGUCCUGCGGCUUUCCCCUUUCCGCUUCGAGGACUUCUGCGCCGCUCUUGUAAGCCAGGAGCAGUGCACCCUGUUGGCCGAGACGCACGUCGCCCUUCUGAAGGCUGUCCUUCGAGAGGAGGACACCUCCAAUACUACCUUUGGACCAGCCGACCUAAAGGACAGCGUCAACUCCACCUUGUACUUCAUCGACGGCAUGACCUGGCCGGAGGUGCUGCGCGUUUAUUGCGAAAGCGACAAGGAGUAUCAACACGUCCUUCCCUUCCAGGAAGUGGACGACUAUCCGUACGGCCCUAUAGAGAGCAAGGUGCAAGUGCUGCUCUUCUUGGUGGACCAGUUCCUUACCACCAACAUGGCUCGCGAGGAGUUGAUGUCCGAAGGCGUCAUCACGUACGACGACCAUUGUCGAGUGUGCCACAAACUGGGGGACUUGCUGUGCUGCGAGACCUGCUCCGCUGUCUACCACCUGGAGUGUGUAAAGCCGCCUCUGGAGGAGGUACCCGAGGACGAGUGGCAGUGCGAGGUGUGCGUGGCUCACAAAGUGUCUGGCGUGAACGACUGUGUGGCCGAGAUCCAAAAAAACAAGCCGUACAUAAGGCACGAGCCCAUCGGCUACGACCGCCACAGACGGAAAUACUGGUUUUUAACCAGACGCAUCAUCAUAGAAGAAGAGUCUGAGAAGGAGAAGAAGAUCUGGUACUUCAGUACAAAGCCGCAGCUUGACGAGCUAUUAGACUGCCUGGACCGGACGCAUUAUGAGGCCGACCUGUGUAAAACCCUGGAGGACCUCGGAGCAGAAAUCCAUCGACAUAUGGAUAUCACAGAGGAGCUGACCAACAAGGCCAAGGGGAACAACCGUUCCUAUCUGUCAGUGGUCAAUGAGGAGAUAACUGAUCGUCUGAAAGCCAAGCAGGAGGAAGCAGAGAAGAACAAGGUCUCGGCAGAGGGGGAAAAGACAUCGGAGGCGACUGCGACUGAGGGGGAGAGCAGCAUAGAAGCUAAUUCCGUCUCCAAAUCGGAGGCCGAGGGGCUGGACAAAGAGCAGAAAGGAGAGACAGCAGGUGAUGAAAGCAGCGUGGAGCACCCCUCAUCUAUCGAUGGCAGCAAAGCCGCAGAGACCCCCAGUAAGGACUCCGAGAACAAGACCGUGCAGAGCAGCAAAGCGGCAGACAGCAGCACUGACCCAGCAUCUACCUCUUCACCCCCAGCUACUGCUUCAGGAAAGCGAAGACCCAGAGUCCACAGGCCGCGCUCCCCGAUAUUUGAGGAGAAGGACGUGCCGCCUCUGGAGUUCCCCAAGUCUUCGGAAGAUUUGCUGCUGCCCUCGGAGCACCUGAUGAACGUGAUAGCCAUCUACGAGGUGCUGAGGAACUUUGGCACGGUCCUGCGGCUUUCCCCUUUCCGCUUCGAGGACUUCUGCGCCGCUCUUGUAAGCCAGGAGCAGUGCACCCUGUUGGCCGAGACGCACGUCGCCCUUCUGAAGGCUGUCCUUCGAGAGGAGGACACCUCCAAUACUACCUUUGGACCAGCCGACCUAAAGGACAGCGUCAACUCCACCUUGUACUUCAUCGACGGCAUGACCUGGCCGGAGGUGCUGCGCGUUUAUUGCGAAAGCGACAAGGAGUAUCAACACGUCCUUCCCUUCCAGGAAGUGGACGACUAUCCGUACGGCCCUAUAGAGAGCAAGGUGCAAGUGCUGCUCUUCUUGGUGGACCAGUUCCUUACCACCAACAUGGCUCGCGAGGAGUUGAUGUCCGAAGGCGUCAUCACGUACGACGACCAUUGUCGAGUGUGCCACAAACUGGGGGACUUGCUGUGCUGCGAGACCUGCUCCGCUGUCUACCACCUGGAGUGUGUAAAGCCGCCUCUGGAGGAGGUACCCGAGGACGAGUGGCAGUGCGAGGUGUGCGUGGCUCACAAAGUGUCUGGCGUGAACGACUGUGUGGCCGAGAUCCAAAAAAACAAGCCGUACAUAAGGCACGAGCCCAUCGGCUACGACCGCCACAGACGGAAAUACUGGUUUUUAACCAGACGCAUCAUCAUAGAAGAAGAGUCUGAGAAGGAGAAGAAGAUCUGGUACUUCAGUACAAAGCCGCAGCUUGACGAGCUAUUAGACUGCCUGGACCGGACGCAUUAUGAGGCCGACCUGUGUAAAACCCUGGAGGACCUCGGAGCAGAAAUCCAUCGACAUAUGGAUAUCACAGAGGAGCUGACCAACAAGGCCAAGGGGAACAACCGUUCCUAUCUGUCAGUGGUCAAUGAGGAGAUAACUGAUCGUCUGAAAGCCAAGCAGGAGGAAGCAGAGAAGAACAAGGUCUCGGCAGAGGGGGAAAAGACAUCGGAGGCGACUGCGACUGAGGGGGAGAGCAGCAUAGAAGCUAAUUCCGUCUCCAAAUCGGAGGCCGAGGGGCUGGACAAAGAGCAGAAAGGAGAGACAGCAGGUGAUGAAAGCAGCGUGGAGCACCCCUCAUCUAUCGAUGGCAGCAAAGCCGCAGAGACCCCCAGUAAGGACUCCGAGAACAAGACCGUGCAGAGCAGCAAAGCGGCAGACAGCAGCACUGACCCAGCAUCUACCUCUUCACCCCCAGCUACUGCUUCAGGAAAGCGAAGACCCAGAGUCCACAGGCCGCGCUCCCCGAUAUUUGAGGAGAAGGACGUGCCGCCUCUGGAGUUCCCCAAGUCUUCGGAAGAUUUGCUGCUGCCCUCGGAGCACCUGAUGAACGUGAUAGCCAUCUACGAGGUGCUGAGGAACUUUGGCACGGUCCUGCGGCUUUCCCCUUUCCGCUUCGAGGACUUCUGCGCCGCUCUUGUAAGCCAGGAGCAGUGCACCCUGUUGGCCGAGACGCACGUCGCCCUUCUGAAGGCUGUCCUUCGAGAGGAGGACACCUCCAAUACUACCUUUGGACCAGCCGACCUAAAGGACAGCGUCAACUCCACCUUGUACUUCAUCGACGGCAUGACCUGGCCGGAGGUGCUGCGCGUUUAUUGCGAAAGCGACAAGGAGUAUCAACACGUCCUUCCCUUCCAGGAAGUGGACGACUAUCCGUACGGCCCUAUAGAGAGCAAGGUGCAAGUGCUGCUCUUCUUGGUGGACCAGUUCCUUACCACCAACAUGGCUCGCGAGGAGUUGAUGUCCGAAGGCGUCAUCACGUACGACGACCAUUGUCGAGUGUGCCACAAACUGGGGGACUUGCUGUGCUGCGAGACCUGCUCCGCUGUCUACCACCUGGAGUGUGUAAAGCCGCCUCUGGAGGAGGUACCCGAGGACGAGUGGCAGUGCGAGGUGUGCGUGGCUCACAAAGUGUCUGGCGUGAACGACUGUGUGGCCGAGAUCCAAAAAAACAAGCCGUACAUAAGGCACGAGCCCAUCGGCUACGACCGCCACAGACGGAAAUACUGGUUUUUAACCAGACGCAUCAUCAUAGAAGAAGAGUCUGAGAAGGAGAAGAAGAUCUGGUACUUCAGUACAAAGCCGCAGCUUGACGAGCUAUUAGACUGCCUGGACCGGACGCAUUAUGAGGCCGACCUGUGUAAAACCCUGGAGGACCUCGGAGCAGAAAUCCAUCGACAUAUGGAUAUCACAGAGGAGCUGACCAACAAGGCCAAGGGGAACAACCGUUCCUAUCUGUCAGUGGUCAAUGAGGAGAUAACUGAUCGUCUGAAAGCCAAGCAGGAGGAAGCAGAGAAGAACAAGGUCUCGGCAGAGGGGGAAAAGACAUCGGAGGCGACUGCGACUGAGGGGGAGAGCAGCAUAGAAGCUAAUUCCGUCUCCAAAUCGGAGGCCGAGGGGCUGGACAAAGAGCAGAAAGGAGAGACAGCAGGUGAUGAAAGCAGCGUGGAGCACCCCUCAUCUAUCGAUGGCAGCAAAGCCGCAGAGACCCCCAGUAAGGACUCCGAGAACAAGACCGUGCAGAGCAGCAAAGCGGCAGACAGCAGCACUGACCCAGCAUCUACCUCUUCACCCCCAGCUACUGCUUCAGAACCUGCGGAAGCCUCCUCUGGCACCAGUGUACCCCAUGCUAGCAGUGAUGACAGCCGUGCCAGGCCUGCCACCUCUGACCAACAGGGGGAGAGUCAGCCGUCUGCCUCAAAUCCAGAGGAUACAGCUCCUGUGGAGGGGAAGCCAGACAAGGGUCCUUCAGAAGCAGCGGAGACUCCAGGAACAGGGAAGACGCCCUCUAGGAUGGUGACCAGACUACGGAACCCGGACAGCAAGUUAAGUCUGUUGAAGAAUCACCAGUGCAUUGCUGCAGCCCAUGAAGCUAAUAAGAUUUUUAAGGAUGGCAGAGAGGUCCUGGUGGUGAAUUCCCAAGGGGAGAUCUCUCGGCUGAGCACCCGGAAGGAGGUGGUGAUGAGGGGCAUUCUUGGCACCUAUUUCAAACUGGGCCAGGAGGGAAAGUACCGCGUUUAUCACAAUCAGUACACCACCAACUCGUAUGCACUGAACAAGCACCAGCACCGGGAGGACCAUGACAAGCGCAGGCAUUUGGCCCACAAGUUCUGCAUGUCGCCCUCUGGGGAGUUUAAGUGGAACGGCUCCGUGCACGGGUCCAAGGUGCUGACUAUAUCCACGCUGAGGCUGACCAUCGUUCAGCUGGAGAACAAUAUCCCCACACCUUUCCUGCAUCCCAAUUGGGCCUCUCACAGGUCAAACUGGAUCAAGGCUGUCCAGAUGUGCAGCAAACCCCGUGAAUUUGCACUGGCGCUAGCAAUACUGGAGUGUGCUAUUAAACCUGUCGUCAUGUUGCCGAUAUGGAAGGAUUCUUUGGGCCACACCAGGUUACGGAGGAUGACGUCCAUGGAAAGAGAAGAGAAAGACAAAGUGAAGAAGAAGGAGCGGAAGCAGGAGGAGGAGGAAACGAUGCAGCAGGCUACUUGGGUCAAGUACACAUUCCCCAUAAAACAUCAGGUAUGGAAACAAAAGGGAGAGGAGUACAGGGUCACCGGCUACGGAGGAUGGUGCUGGAUCAGUAAAACACAUGUGCACCGAUUUGUAACACGCCUGCCUGGAAACACCAAUGCCAACUACAGGAAGGCUUUGGAAAACAGCAGUGAAAAUGCUGAAAUCAAGGAGGAGGUUGAUUCCCCCAAGGUAGAGGAGAGUAAACCAGAUCCACCACAAGUGAAAGCUGUGAAAAAAGAAGAGGAGGAGGACCAGAGGGACCAAAUUAAACAGCAGAUUGAGGCCAGCGAGAGGGAACAUGCAACAGAGCAGGACACUGGCGCUACAGAGAAAGAUCAAGAAGAAUCUGAGCAGGUCAAGGAGGAGCCAAUGGAGGUGGAAUCAUCACCCGGGAAAGAUGAAACUUUUCCCGACGCCGAUUUAAUAAACGUCAGCCUUGGUUUUCAGAUGAGGACAUGGUAUAAAAAGAAGGUAAAAACCUCUCGCCUGGACGGGCUCCUAGAACGGCGAGUCAAACAAUUCACGCUUGAAGAAAAGCAGCGGCUUGAGAGACUUAAAUUGGGCGGUGCCGCUAAACAGACUGAGGUCGUUGGCUUAAACCAGCAGCCAAGCUUGCCCGAAGGCACCAAACAGAAACCUGAGGUUGAUGACGAGUUACGCAUUGCUGGCAAACUUGUAGCUAGGAAACUGAAUAUGGAUCUUGCCGAUGGUCCUGGGGCAGAAGAUGCAUCAAAGAGCAUUUCUUCUGGUCAGGAACCCGGUGGCAAGCCAAGUACAAGCGAUUUAGUGCCUGCGCCGAGUGAACCCAGCAAUGCAGUCGAUGAAAAGCAGGAUGGUGAACGGAGCUCUUCUCAGAGCGUCGACGUUCCCACCGAGACGACAAAAACCAAAGAGGAGAGUCAGAGCAGCGCAGAUCAACUCCAUGAGAACCGUUCUUCCAGCGCUCCAACAGUUGCGUCCUCAUCUACUUCAUGCUUGAGCCAAGAAAAAGACCAGGGUGGCCUGGAAAGCCCUCCGUCUGUUCCUUGCGAGCCCACAGCAGAAAAAGACUGUUCAAAUUCUGUAAACAAUAAGCCGGUCGUGCCUGGAGAAAUCAAAAACUCCACUGUGGUCAGGGAGGAGGGUAACUGCAGCAGAGCAGACUCCAGAAGUCAGGAGGUCGCACAUUCUGAGCUGGCAUCAGAAAACUGUGCAAUGGCAGGAACGUCAGACCAAGAAACUUCAUGCGACUCCCAGAUGGAUGGUGCAAGUCGGUCUUCUAAUGGAGAUCAGGGCAAGGAGAAAAGGACUAAUGUUGCACUCAAAGGCUCUGAUUUCCGUGACAUAAAACGCAAUAAUGUUCAUUCUCAAGAAGGAAAGGCGGAAGUAGCACCGCAAGUCAACGGUAAGGAUGUGUUUUUAGGAAAAGGCUCAGGCCAGGGCGUGUGUGAUGACCGGCCUGUGCACGAAGCUGAGCCAAAUCCAAAAGACGUCUCGGAUCAUGAUGUAAGAUUAAAAGAGUCAAAACCGUUCAUGAAUGGAGAUGUGAACAUGGAGGGCGUAGAGGACAAAAAUGGAGUCGCUGCACCGUUGUCUCCCAGUCAGUGUGAAGACUCAGGGAACACAGAGAAGGAAAGGGUAUCCCCAAACUCUGAGAAACAUGCUAGCCAUGCUAAGAACCUUGAAUCGUCUAGUGACUCGGGUGCCCAGGCAUUGCGCAAUCCUGCUUCUGGUGUAGAGAAGAUGGAUGCAAGCGACCCUCAAAGAGUCUCUUCUCCUGUCAUCUCAGGAGAAGAGUCCAGUCUGAGUAACGAUUCUGCCGAGCAGAAUGGUUUGCCAGCGGACAUAGUCAACGGGGAGGCCAAAAUCCAUACUGUUGUAACAGAAGUGACUACUACAACUUCAACUGUGUCGACGUCGAGGACUGUUGUGGCGGUGGGCGGUGGAGGGUCUUCUAAGCAGACGACGACGGUUGUAUCCUCUACAGAGAACGUCUCUUUAUCAAGUACGACCACUACCGUAACUGAAGUUGUGUCGCCGAGUCCCUCUGAUAGCGUUGUCUCUGUGCAGGAGCAUAGUAAAACUGUGGUUACCACAACCGUGGCAGACUCUGUGACCACCCCUGAGGGGACUCAGUCUUCUUCCAUGACCGUGAGCAAGGAGUACACCACCAGGGACCGCGUGCGACUCAUGAAGUUCUCCAAGGCCAAGAAGACCAGGUCUGGAACAGCUCUUCCUUCGUACCGGAAGUUUGUCACCAAGAGUAACAAAAAGAGCGUAUUCGUCCUACCGCUUGACGAUCUGAAGAACAUCUCGCGUAAGGGUGGAAUCCGAGAGGUUCCUGCAUUCAGUUACAAUGCUAAGCCUGCACAUGAUAUUUGGCCAUAUCCUUCUCCACGGCCGACGUUUGGGAUAACAUGGAGGUACCGGCUUCAAACGGUGAAAUCUCUGGCGGGAGUGAGCCUUAUGCUACGUCUCCUGUGGGCGAGCUUACGCUGGGAUGAUAUGGCAGCCAAACCCCCUCCUUGGAGUCAUGACGUAUAUUUACAUUUCACAGAAUCUUCCGAAACGGAGAUCACCACCACUGAAAUAAUCAAGAGAAGAGAUGUUGGCCCGUACGGAAUCCGAUCCGAGUAUUGCGUUAGGAAAAUCAUUUGCCCGAUCGGCGUUCCAGAGGCGCCAAAAGAAACUCCGACCCCACAGAGGAAGGGCCUUCGAUCGAGUGCUCUGCGACCCAAAAGGCCUGAAACUCCCAAGCAGACUGGCCCGAUCAUUCUGGAGACCUGGGUACCCGAGGAGGAACUGGACCUAUGGGAGAUCAAGUGCUUCUCUGAAAGGGUGGAGAAGGAGAAGGUCCAGGCUGGUGAGCUGGGGAAGGGCUCUGAUCUGAAGAAAGGUGAAGAUGGCAAGACUCAUAUGGAAGCUCAGUUGAAGCAGCAGCGGCUCUCGGCCCAGCAGAAACGCCUGGAACAGCAAAAACAGCAGCCGCUAAGUAGCAGCAGCACCGUCGGCACAACCACCACGGUGAGCGGCACGGUUACCCCGCUUUCCACAGCGCACAAGGUUGUCAUGAGCUCCAUCUCUAACCCUGUGACUCCCGGGACGAAAAUGGUGCUUGCUACAAAGGUCGGGGCUCCCGCCACCGUGUCUUUCCAGCAGGGCAAGAAUUUCCACCAGACAUUUGCCACUUGGGUCAAGCAAGGACAGACAACAUCAGCCCCAAGCAGAUAUGUCCCAUCCACUUCCUCCAUCACCACGCCUGGCCAAUCAUUCCAGCUCACUGGCAGCCCGGUGUCUGUGGCCGGCAAAGUGCUCACUAAGCUACAUCUGCCGGCUAACAGUAAAAUCGUAACCCUGAACAUGCCCUCCGCGCAGGGAGGGUUGGUUCAGGUACAGCAGAAGGUACUGGGAGUCAUUCCAACCAGCACGGCCGUACAGCAGACCUACACCACUUUCCAGCCACGAACAGCUACUGUUUCUAUCCGUCCCAACAACCUAGGAACCGCAGUGACCACGGCCACCACGCAGCAGGUGAUAACUGCAGGGCCCCAGAUCAGGGCUGGGAUGACGGUGAUCAGGACGCCAUCUUUGCAGCAGUCCACUCUUGGGAAACCUAUCAUGAGGACUCCGCUGCUGGUACAGCAAGGGAUCAUCCAGUCUGGUCAACCCCAGCAGGUGGUGACGCAGAUCAUCCGCGGCCAACCUGUUACCACCACUAUGCCCAUUGGGACCACAGUUUCCAGUGGAGGGCAGAAGGUUGGCACGCCGAUGCAGCAGGCCCAGCCACAGGCGACUACCCCGCAGGCUGUUCGACCGCCACAACACGGGCAGGUUAAACUGACCAUGGCACAGCUGACCCAGCUCACCCAGCAGCAGGGCGGUAACCAGAGCUUGACUGUCGUGGUCCAAGGUCAGGGCCAGACCACCGGGCAGCUGCAGCUCAUUCCACAGGGAGUGACCGUCAUUCCCACUCCAGGGCAGCAGUUAAUGCAGGCCGCAAUGCCGAAUGGCACCAUACAGAGGUUCCUGUUCACUCCGCUUCCACCGGGAACCACGGCUGUCACAGCGGCGGUGAUGUCAACCCCUUCUACCACCUCCACAACCACAACACAGACAUCUGCAGGACAGAGCACCCAGGCAGCACCCCCUCCGCUUGCUCUAGCCCAGUCAGGUCUGCUGCAACCAUCAACUCCUUCUCCAGAUCAGACCACGAUUCCACCCCCAUCUCAGCCUCCUGUCCCGUCACAUCCCUUACCCCACGUCACACCCCAGCAUCUGCAAACAUCUCAACUGCAGUCUUCUACCCAUUCUGAGGAAAUCCAGGCGUCAGUCAGCGCUCUACCGCCAGCACUAGAGACACAGCAGCCAGUCACUUCUGUCCAGUCCUCGAUGUCAGCAGAGGCAAAGACGUUAGCUGCCCAAGUCCCCGUUCAGGCUUGCUUGCCGCAAGUUGCUGUCCAAAUGCCACCCCAGACCUCUUUACAUGGCCAAACCCAGCUCGUGAGUCGACCUCCAGUUCAGACUUUGUCGCCUGCGGUCAGCCAGGCACAGGCUUCAAUCCAGAUGUCCUUGCCGGCAUCGUUCCACAUUCAGUCCCCGCUUCCUCAGCAACAGCCCAUCCAGGCGGUCGCUCAUUCGAAACCUCAGUCUAUCAUGCAGCAAGGCAGUCAAAUGACAGUGCAGUCUCCGUCGCGCGCCCAGCUGCAGAUCCAACCCACCCAGACUCAGGUGAUCACAAUGCCGCAGCUCCACCAACAGGUCCAGGUCCUCUCCCACCUUCCGUCACAAGUGGUAGCUCAGAUCCAACAAGGAGGCAUUGCCCAGCAGAUCAAGCUCCAGCUGCCCUUCCAGAUCCAGCAGGCGGGGGCGGCGCAGCCCCACCAGAUCCAGAAUGUGGUGACCGUGCAGGCUUCCAGCGUUCAGGAACACCUGCAGAGGAUAAAACAGAUCCAGGAACAGCAACAGCUGAAGAAGAAGCAGCAGGAGGUGAAACGUGAGCAAACUCUACAGGGCACCACCAACCAGAGCGAAAUCAUCCAGAAGCAGGUGGUAAUGAAACAGAACGCCGUCAUCGAGCACCUGAAACAGAAGAAGAUUAUGACCCCGUUGGAGAGGGAGGAGAAUCAGAGGAUGAUCGUCUGUAACCAGGUGAUUAAAUACAUCCUGGACAAGAUUGACAAAGAGGAGAAGCAGGCGGCUAAGAAGAGGAAGCGGGAGGAGAGCGUGGAGCAGAAGAAGAGCAAGCAGAAUGCCAGCCGCCUCUCCGCCCUUCUCUUCAAACACAAAGAGCAGCUGAAGGCCGAGAUCCUGAAGAAGAGAGCGCUGCUGGAUAAAGAUCUGCAGGUUGAGGUCCAGGAGGAACUGAAGAAAGACCUGAAUAAGAUUAAGAAAGUGCCGCCCCCCCCUCCUGCGCCCUCCCCACCUCCUCAAGCCACCCACAAGCCAACCCCAACCUCCCCAACGUCUGGCUCCACCAGCCUGUCUUCCCACAAGAGGAAGAGAGAAGAAGAGAAAGAGUCCCCUCCUUCCAAGUCUAAGAAAAAGAAAAUGAUCUCCACUACCUCAAAAGACUCCAAGAAAGAUAACAAGAUCUACUGCAUCUGCAAGACACCCUACGACGAAUCGAAGUUCUAUAUUGGCUGUGAGCUUUGUGCUAACUGGUAUCACGGAGAUUGUGUUGGCAUCACAGAGGCGGAAGCCAAGAAAGUGGAUGUGUACAUCUGUAAUGAGUGUAAACGGUCACAAGAGGGCAGCAGUGAGGAGUUGUAUUGUAUCUGCAGGACGCCCUAUGACGAUUCACAAUUUUAUAUCGGCUGCGAUCGCUGCCAGAACUGGUACCACGGUCGCUGCGUUGGGAUAGUGCAGAGCGAGGCGGAGUUCAUAGACGAGUAUGUGUGCCCGCAAUGCCAGUCCACUGAGGAUGCCAUGACUGUUCUCAGCCCGCUGACCGAUAAGGAUUACGAAGGACUGAAACGCUUCCUGAGAUCGCUGCAGACUCAUAAAGAAUCCUGGCCCUUCCUGGAGGCUGUUGAUCCUGAGGACGCCCCCGAUUAUUAUGCCGUGAUCAAGGAACCAAUGGACCUGUCCACCAUGGAGGAGAGAAUCCGCACCCGCUACUACAAGAAACUGACUGAGUUUGUCGCUGACAUGACCAAAAUAUUUGACAAUUGCCGCUACUACAACUCCAGCGAGUCGCUAUUCUGCAAGAGCGCAGACUCCCUGGAGAAGUUCUUUGUACAGAAGCUGAAAGUGUUUAAAGCCAGCAGAUUGUGAUUCUUGUAUCCCGGAUGUCGGACGUUGUCUCCAUCAGCUUGUUUUUAUUUUCCCGGCACAAACCCGCCUCCUCCUUCCCCCUUCCCGCCAUCUCUCCUCC